CUAACUUGUCUCACAAAACUUCCAAUAAUUUCUCUCUCUCUUUCUCUCUAAAGCUCUCUCCCUCUCUGAAUGUUUGAGUUGCAGGUGCUUAUUAAAAACAUGGCUUGGAGUUUAAAACAACGCGUGUUGCUCCCUGUUAUGGUGGUGUUAUUGUUGUUGGGAACAAGUCCUUCCAUAGCAGAGCUUCAGAAGCUGAAACACACUCCAACAAAAGCAGAUCAACCUCUGAACAUUCUGGUGGUCGGAGACUGGGGAAGAAAAGGAACCCAUAACCAGUCCUUGGUCGCUUAUCAGAUGGGAGAGGUGGGAGAGAAGCAAAACAUAGAUUUUGUUAUAUCGACGGGCGACAACUUUUACGAUGAUGGCCUAACAGGAGUUGAUGAUCCAGCAUUCUACGAUUCAUUUGUCAACAUCUACACUGCCCCAAGCUUGCAAAAGAUAUGGUACAAUGUUUUGGGGAACCAUGACUACAGAGGUGAUGUUGAGGCGCAACUGAGCCCCAUUCUAACACAAAAAGAUAGCAGAUGGGUUUGCAUGAGAUCUUUCAUUCUUGAUGCAGGUAUUGUGGAAUUCUUCUUUGUGGACACAACUCCAUUUCGCGAUGAUUACUUUACGGACCCAGAAGACCAUACCUAUGACUGGAGUGGCGUGCUUCCUCGCGAAGCUUACCUUUCAGGACUCUUGGAGGAUGUUGAUUUUGCAUUGGGGCAAUCCAAGGCAAAAUGGAAGAUAGUGGUGGGUCAUCAUACUAUUAAGAGUGCUGGGCAUCAUGGUAAUACUGUAGAGGUUGAGCAGCAAUUCCUUCCCAUCCUAAAGGCAAGAAAUGUUGAUGCAUACAUAAAUGGACAUGACCAUUGCUUGGAGCACAUAGUUGAUGCAGAGAGUGGAAUUCACUUUCUAACAAGCGGAGGUGGAUCAAAGGCAUGGAAGGGUGAUAUCAAGCCAUGGGACCAAGAGGAAUUGAAGUUAUAUUAUGAUGGACAAGGAUUCAUGACUUUGCAAAUCACUGAAAGCAAAGCAGAUAUAGUGUUCUAUGAUAUUUAUGGCAUGGUUUUGCAUACGUGGAGCUUAUCCAAAAAGCUUAACCAUGCAGCCUCAAUAUAAAUAAGCUAAAAGCAUGCAAAAACACAUUAGGACAGGGAUCACUUUGGCUGAAAGUUUGUUGCACUGGUUCACUAUCUGUAAAACAAAAUAAGAGAAAUGAAUUUGAAAAUAGUCUUAAUGAGCUUGCAGUAGCUAUAAUAUUACAGCCAAAACCAGAGCUACCGGGAUUCUAUCAACAAAGGCAUAAAGUAUAUGUACUAGUAGUUGCCAUCGUGUACUUGUAAUAUUUUAAUACUAUGAUACUUUCUGGGAUAAA